AGUUUUUGACAAGGUAGCGGUUUUUGACAAUGUCGGAGCAACCACCGUCUUCCGACUUGCAGCGUCUACGACACCGGAUUGAUGGCCUUGACGCCGAUAUCGUGCGACUCUUGAAUGAGCGGGCGAGCGUGAGUGUGAAUAUCGGGUUGGCAAAGUCCAAGGAGGCCAAAACAGGUCGUGCAGCGGAUGAGCAUAUUCAUCGUCCGAGUCGAGAAAUACAGAUUUAUGAUAGGCUAGAAACCCUCAAUCAUGGUCCCCUCCCCACCCCCGCCAUCCAGUCCAUAUUUCGCGAAAUCAUGUCAGCCAGUAUUUCCCUUCAACGAGAGAUAACCAUUGCAUUCCUCGGUCCCCGCGGUACAUACACCCACCAAGUCGCAUGCGAACGAUUCGGCGACAGCGUCCAAUACGCCGCACAAGAAACCAUUGCCGACGUCUUUGAUGCAGUAGAGAGUGGAGCAGCCACGUACGGUGUCGUCCCGUUUGAGAAUUCAACAUUUGGAUCUGUUCAAGCCACUUUGGAUCGGUUUGCAAAGUCGGUUGGGGGAGUCAAGAUUCGGGCUGAGCAUUACUUGGGAGUUCAUCAUGCGUUGUUAGUGAAUAGUGGAACGGGACGGGCUCAAGUGCGUAAAGUGUAUAGUCAUCCGCAGGGGUUUGGACAAUGUCAAGCCUACCUUUCUCAACACCUCCGCGGCGUGGAACGCAUCAACGUCUCGUCCACGGCUCAUGCAGCUGAACUUGCCGCACGAGAACCUGGUGCGGCCGCUAUUUGCAGCAGCCUAUGCGCCAGUCUGUAUGGUCUUGAUAUCCUGGCACACAAUAUUGAAGAUGCCAAAGAUAAUACCACCCGAUUCUUUAUCAUCGGCAAUGCAUCCGACAACCCAAGCGGCAAUGACCGCACCCUCCUCUUCUUCACCGUUGAUCACCGCCAACCCGGUGCCCUCUGCGACGCCCUAAGUGUCCUCAAAAAGUAUGGAAUCAACCUGACAAAGAUUGAUUCAAGACCAUCUGGACAGCGCCCAUGGCAUUAUUAUUUCUUUAUCGAGCUUGAUGGACAUGUUGAGAACGAGGGGGUUCGUUUGGCGCUGGAGGGAUUGAAAGAGUUCUGUCUGGAUAUCAGGGUGUUGGGGUCCUAUCCAUCUCAAAAGCCUGCAGCCGAGGAUGGGUUUUAGGGAGCGAAUUGGUUGGGAUGGAUGUAUGACAAUUUUGGGAUCCGCGUGGUUUUUUAUGUUUAUUGUGAUGGCGAAACCUUGUAGAGUAGAAGGCCGAGUUCUGUCACAGGUUAUUCAGCAAUUAGACAGUUGGAAAAGCUAAAGGGCUCAACGGUCCGCUCCUUGAAGCAAACUCCCACAAACGCCUCAAACUCCUUCAACCCUCUAACACGACCUAAUCCCAUCUCCUGAUCAAACUCCAUGUCCGCCUCCUCCAUUCCCAAGAGCACUCGUACCCUCUUUUGAGCCUCCUCUCGACCCCUUACAUUCCCAUUCUCCCAAAACGUCUUCCGAUAACCUCUCUUCCACGCAUGCCACACGAUACCCCUCUUUCCAUCCCCAGGCGUCCAAAAAUCCCAUCCACGAGUCCAUAACCGGGCACUGAGAACAAUUUCCUCGCCAAAGAACAGAUACGGAUAGUUUGGAUCCGGCGGACAGGAUACGUAAAGUGUCCCAGGCGCAAACAAGAAUCCCGACGCAACAAGUCGUUGUGGAACUAAUUCAUUUGUAGGCGGUACCAUCCUUCCACUGAUUCUCAACAUGCCAUCCUGGUCAAAUCCCGUUGGGUACAUCAUAACAGGUCCAAAUGGUUCUGGAUCCUUUGCUCCCGUAAGGGGAUCAUAGUUGGGUGGGUACAUUGUAAUAAGAUGUUGACCUUGCCCCUUAC